UCAAAACACAAGAAGUAAAAAAAAAAAAAAAAUGAGAUCUUUAUUAGCUUUCAGAAAAAUCCCACCUCCCUUUCUCCUUCGUUGCUUGAUUCACAGUAAACCCUUUUGCUCUCAAUCUCGAUUCUCCACAGAAUCCGACAAUCCAGUUAACGGAUCCGUAUUAUUACCGAAUCCCUCAACUACAAACCCUGAAGAGAAAGACGAAUCACGUGUAAUUCACGUGCUUCUAGACCGUAGAAACAACCCGGAAUCAGCUCUUAGAUUCUACAACUGGGCUAAACCGUGGCGUGGAAGCUUCGAAGUUAGUGAAGCCUUCUUUCUACUCAUCCACAUUCUAAUCACCUCUCCCGAGAGUCACGGACUCGCACGUGACUUGCUCCAACGGUAUGUCUCUUCCACCAAUCCAACGCCAACGCCAAAGGUCUUAGUCAGUAGUUUAGUUGAAUCAGCUAAAUCAUUUGACUUUGAAGUAAAGUCACUACCUUUAAGUUACUUAUUGAACGCUUACACGAAAGAGAGGAGAAUAGAUUACGCGGUGGAGUGUAUUAAUCUAAUGUUAGAGCUGGGUUUAGCUCCUUACGUUAGAUAUGUUAACAAUACUUUAAGUGGUUUAAUGAGAAGGAACAUGAUCAAGGAAGCUAAGGAGGUUUAUAGUAAGAUGGUUGCUACUGGUCUGGUUGCUGGUGAUAAAGCUACAGCGCAUUUGUUGAUGAGAGCUAGUUUGAGAGAAGAGAAGCCUGAGGAGGCGUUGGAGGUUUUUAGGGGAGCUGUUGAGAGAGAUGGUUUGCUUUAUAGCCUUGCUAUUCAGGCUUGUUGUAAGAGUGUGGAUUUGGGUAUGGGGGUUGGUUUGUUGAGGGAGAUGAAGGAGAAGGGGUUUUGUGUGGGGCAGGAGACGUAUACUUCUGUGAUUGUGGCGUUAGUGAAGGGGGAUAAGGUGGAGGAGGCGGUUAGGUUGAAGGAUGAGAUGGUGAGUGAUGGGAUACCGAUGAGUGUGAUUGCAGCGACGAGUCUUAUCAAGGGAUAUUGCAAGAAUGGGGAGUUGGGGAGGGCUUUGGAUAUGUUUUAUCAGAUGGAGAAAGAAGGACCGUGUCCGAACCGUGUUACGUUUUCGGUUUUGAUAGAGUGGUUUAGUAAGAACGGGGAGAUGGAGAAGGUACUUGAGUUUUAUAAGAAGAUGGAAGCUUUGGGGAUUACUCCUUCAGGGUUUCAAGUCCACUCAGUGAUUCAAGUGUGUUUGAAAGGUCAGAGACCUGAAGAGGGUCUGAGACUCUUUGAGGAGUAUUUUGAAACCGGUGUUGCAAACAUCUUUAUAUGUAACAGUAUGUUGUCUUGGUUAUGCAAGCAAGGUAAGAUAGAUGAGGCUAAAGACUUGUUGAGGAAGAUGGAGAGUAGAGGUCUUGGACCUAAUGUAGUUUCUUACAAUAACGUGAUGCUUGCCCUCUGCAGGAACAAAAGGUUAGACUUGGCUCUUACUGUAUUUUCAGAGAUGCUGGAGAAGGAUAUAAAGCCUAACGACUAUACUUACUCCACUUUGAUCGAUGGGUGUUUCAAGAAUCAUGAUUUUCAUAACGCUUGGGAAGUCAUAGCUCAAAUGAACUCUUCCAGUAUUGAAGUCAAUGAGGUUGUAUACCACACGGUUAUCAAUGGUUUAUGCAAAGCUGGUCAGACUUCUAAAGCUAAAGAGAUGUUGGAAGAUCUGAUGAGAGAAAACCGGGUUUGUAUUGGUUGCAUGAGUUACAAUAGCAUCAUUGAUGGAUUUAUCAAAGAGAGUAAAAUGGAUUCUGCGGUUGCAGCUUACAGAGAGAUGUGUGGCAAUGGUAUUUCACCAAACGUAGUGACUUAUACCUGUAUGAUGGAUGGGUUAUGUAAAAAUAGCAGAAUGGAUCAAGCACUGGAGAUGAGGAAGGAGAUGAAGAACAAAGGUCUUAAACUUGAUAUUCCAGCUUAUGGUGCUCUUAUUGAUGGAUUCUGCAAAAAGGGUAACAUGAAAAGUGCAUCUGCUUUGUUCUCUGAACUCUUUAAAGAAGGGUUGAAUCCAAAUGAAGCUGUUUACAACAGCUUAAUAUCUGGUUUCCGUAAUCUUGGUAACAUGGAAGCAGCUCUUGAUUUGUACAAGAAAAUGUUGAAAGACGGUCUAAAAUGUGAUCUACGUACGUACACAACACUGGUCGAUGGAUUGUUAAAAGAAGGGAACUUGAUCAUGGCCUUUGGUUUGUACACAGAGAUGCAGGGAGAAGGUAUUGUGGCUGAUGAAUUCAUGAGUUCGGUGAUUGUAAACGGUCUUAGCAAGAUGGGAAAGUUUGUGGAAGUGGUUAAGAUGUUUGAGGAGAUGAAGAAGAAUGAUGUGACUCCAAAUGUGUUUAUCUACAACGCGGUGAUUGCAGGACAUUUUAAAGAAGGAAACCUUGAUGAGGCUUUUAGACUUCAUGAUGAGAUGCUUGACAAGGGUCUUGUACCUGAUGGUGUUACAUUUGAUAUUCUAGUGAGAGGGAAAUAUGGAGAAUCUCAACCUAUUGGUGUAGAAAGUUUGUAGCUACAUUAUUGACUUAAUAGUUAGGGCUUCUCAAUAUAAGCUUUGAAAGGGGUUACAAGAUUGAAAUAGUCUUUAUUCUUUUGCCUGCUUCUGAUCAGUUUUUGCUCAUAAGCAACGGGGUUGCUUUGUCAUUUUUAUGGCAUAGUGAUAGUUGUGCCUAUGAAGGUCAAGCUUUGACCUUGGAACUUAUAACACUGUUGCAUUCUUAGGCUAGUGUUGCGAGUCUUGGGACUGUUGUCUUUCCUUGGAAACUAUUUUCUGAUAAAAACGGUUCCUUCGAUGUAACCCUUGACAUCUUUGUACAAACCUUUUUUGGGAUUUUGAUAUUAUGGAGGCAAGAAAU